AUGACCACAAAAGGGUUGACGGAAGUGGAAAAAAAUCCUUACGCUUAUCUCGAAAGGGAUGAUUUCACGUCAGAAAAGUAUAAAAUCGAGGUACGCGGUUUACCAAAAUACUAUGGAAUUGGUGAAUUUAAGAAACUGUUAAAUGAAAAGCUAGAUUUGAAGACGUGCAAAAUAAAGCCACCGAAACGGAGCAGUGGAUGGCUUUAUGUGUCCUUCAGAAAUGAGGAAAGCCGUCAGAAGGCUAUAGAAACAUUGAAUGGAAUUUUAUGGAAAAAUUGUAAGCUUAGUGCUCAGAUUGCAAAACCUGCACCAGAUCCAUUUGUGAAAAGAAAACUAGAGGAAGAAAAUGCAAAUAAACGUUUAAAGGUAGACGAAGAUAAUGAAAUUAUAUCUAUAGAGGAUAAAGUUAAGUUAACUACAGUUCCCCUUUGGAACAUGCCUUAUCCAGAUCAAUUGGAGCUGAAACAAAAAGAAAUGAGGUCUAUUUUAACUAAUAUUUGUAAGCAAAUGUUGAAAGAGAGCAAAGAUGAUCUUUUAAAAUGGUUGAAUCGUCAGAAAGAUGAAUAUCAAGGUUUACCUUGUGAAUUGCUUCCUAUUCUGAGCACAGACAUAAUUACAGAAUACAGAAAUAAAUGUGAAUUUACAGUUGGUAGAGGUAAUAAAGGGGACAAAGUUGUAAUAGGGUUCAGAUUAUCUAGCUAUGCAGCUGGUUCCACUGCUGUUGGACCUAUAGAUAAUCUUUGUCAUAUUCCUAACAAAAUGAAAGUUGUAGCUAAAGUGCUCGAAGAAUUUAUACAAAAUACCAAAUUAAAACCUUUUCAUCCGGUUGAUCAUAGUGGAUACUGGAGACAGGUUACUGUCCGAACUACACUUUGCGACGAUUUGAUGGUAAUAGUAGGAAUGCAUCCCCAGGAUUUAAGCUGUGAAAGUUUGGAAGAAUUAAAAUUACAAUUGAAAGCCUUUUUCGAGAACGGAAACGGUACAAACGCACACGUCACAUCGUUAUAUUUUCAAAUCAUGAAUAAAAAAAGCGCCGAUGAAAGUGGAGAUAAUUUUCAUCACAUUAGCGGAACAAAAUACAUAGAGGAAACAUUGUUAGGUAUGAAAUUUCAAGUGUCUCCACAAGCGUUCUUCCAAGUGAACACGUUAGGCGCUCAAGUGUUGUACAAAGCAGCGAUUGAUUUGGCAAAGCCAACCGCAGACACUGCAUUACUCGAUAUUUGUUGCGGUACUGGGACAAUUGGCCUUGUAUUCUCAAAGCAUUGUGGGGAGGUAUUUGGAUUAGAAGUAGUGGAAAAUGCUAUCAAAGACGCUAAGGAAAAUGUGAUCGCAAACAACAUAUCAAACUGUGAAUUUUUUGUUGGCAAAGCUGAAGAUAUCCUAUCUCCAGUCAUUCGAAGGACCACUAAGCCCGAUAUUAUCGCUGUUGUAGAUCCUCCACGAGCUGGACUUCAUCAAAGAGCGUUAUUGACUUUACGCAAGGCGAACAAAUUAUCGAGGUUAGUGUACAUAUCCUGUGAUCCAAAGGCAGCUGCAAAAAAUUUGGUGGACUUAGCUAGACCUCCCUCGAAGCAAUACGUCGGAGAACCUUUAGUACCGGUAAAAGCUGUUGCUGUAGAUAUGUUUCCACACACCAAGCACUGUGAAUUAGUGUUGUGCUUGGAAAGGUUAUCCGCAGCCACGAAAGUACACGAUUCCAUUUAG